GAAUGAGAUAUUUAUUGAAAUUGCACAACAUUAAUUAUGAAAAAGUACAAUGAAAGCAUCCAAUAUUCCUAAUGAAAUAUUCAAUGAAAGCCCACAGCAUUAAUUAUGAAAAAGGCAAUGAAUACACCUAACCCAGUGAAUGAAAUACCUAUUGAAAGUGCACAGGUUUAAUCAUGAAAAGGUCCUGUGGUCUUUGCCUACAUUUUAUGAAAAGAACAUAGCCUUUAUGAGAAAGAAUGACACAGGACACACCUAUGAAAGGCCUUUCAUAAAACUUGUGGACUUAUACACACAGCUCUACAGGCAAGUGCCUUAGUUUUAUGAUAAAGAUGGUAGCCACUUGUGGAAUGAGAUAUUUAUUGAAAUUGCACAACAUUAAUUAUGAAAAUACAAUGAAAGCAUCCAAUAUUCCUAAUGAAAUAUUCAAUGAAAGCCCACAGCAUUAAUUAUGAAAAAGGCAAUGAAUACACCUAACCCAGUGAAUGAAAUACCUAUUGAAAGUGCACAGGUUUAAUCAUGAAAAGUACACUGUGGUCUUUGCCUACAUUUUAUGAAAAGAACAUAGCCUUUAUGAGAAAGAAUGACACAGGACACACCUAUGAAAGGCCUUUCAUAAAACUUGUGGACUUAUACACACAGCUCUACAGGCAAGUGCCUUAGUUUUAUGAUAAAGAUGGUAGCCACUUGUG